AUGAGUCACGUAUCUGGCAGUUUUCCCUCUGGCACAGCUAGGUACAGCCUUCUCCUGCAUACCUUUUUGGUGACACAGGUGCUCGGGGCCCCUCCUCGUAGCAUUUUGGUUUGGGGCCGUGGUCGCCGUCGCCGUCGCCAUGGUCCAUCCCACCUCAAAACCAAGGCUCCUCCGUGGGGCUGGUCCUUGUCUGCCUUUGGUUUCCAUCCUGGCCUCAAGGGUGACGUGCAGGUGAAAGGUACCUAA